GUUUCUUCUCUGACGAAGUCUUAGCACUAGCAGAGCAACAGCACAGCAACGUGAGUGUCGUGUCCGAUCAUUUUGAUUUUGACCUCCCAAUGAUGAUUGUGACUCGUUAGAUCGAAUUUCAAGUUUACUUUUGGCCGAGUGAUUUUUUGUGACUUUUGUGCUUAUGCGUGUUUCGGCUAGUUUGUGAUGGUGAAGUAUUGCUUAUAAUAUGACUUCAUUGAUACCCUUGUCAUCCCCAGUAAAGCGAUUGCUCGGUUGGAAACGAGGUGAAGGUGAAGAAAAGUGGAGUGAAAAGGCAGUCAAAAGCCUUGUUAAGAAGCUUAAAAAAAGUGGUGGCUUAGAUGAACUGGAAAAAGCUGUAACUUCUCAAAGUUCCAGUACAAAGUGUAUUACAAUUCCAAGAUCUUUAGACGGCCGUCUUCAAGUAUCCCAACGUAAAGGACUGCCUCAUGUAAUUUACUGUCGCCUGUGGAGGUGGCCAGAUCUUCAGACACACCACGAAUUGCAUGCGCUUGAAAAUUGCGAGUACGCCUUUCAGCUCAAACGAGACGAAGUUUGUGUUAAUCCUUACCACUACCAAAGGGUGGAAACACCAGUUUUACCGCCUAUCUUGGUACCACGCCAAGCGGAAACUGGAGUGAGCAGUGUCAACCUUUCAUCGCCAGGAACCAAUAACAAUCAUCAAAUUGUGACAAGCACGGUCGCCACAAUUCAAGACCUGCUCUCGUUGGAUGAUCUUCCGUUAUCGAUAGCCGACGGUCCAGACUUUAUCAUGUCGACCGCCGGGGUGAAUUCACCUAGUCCUGCUUCUAUUGGUGGAAGCGAUGGUGGUGGCGGCACUUUUCCAUUAACAGAAACACCUCCCCCAGGUUACAUGUCAGAAGAUGGCGACACGCAAGAACCCGCUGAUUUAAUGAAUGUCAGCCGAGUGUCACCCAGCCCCCCCAUCGACGCCCAACCGGUUAUGUACUGCGAACCGGCUUUUUGGUGUUCGAUUAGCUAUUAUGAAUUGAACACACGCGUGGGAGAAACUUUUCAUGCAUCUCAGCCAUCCAUUACCGUUGACGGUUUUACUGAUCCCAGCAACUCGGAGCGGUUUUGCCUGGGGCUGUUAUCAAACGUGAAUCGUAAUCCUGUUGUGGAGCAGACUCGCCGUCAUAUUGGGAAAGGAGUUCGUCUCUAUUACAUUGGUGGCGAGGUCUUUGCUGAAUGUUUGAGCGAUUCGUCAAUAUUUGUACAGUCACCAAACUGCAAUCAGCGCUACGGUUGGCAUCCAGCAACCGUUUGUAAAAUCCCACCAGGUUGCAAUUUAAAAAUAUUUAACAACCAAGAAUUCGCCGCUCUUCUAUCCCAGUCAGUGAGCCAAGGCUUUGAGGCUGUUUACCAGUUGACGAGAAUGUGCACUAUACGGAUGAGCUUCGUCAAAGGAUGGGGUGCCGAGUACAGACGACAGACAGUAACAUCUACCCCUUGUUGGAUCGAGCUACAUUUAAAUGGUCCACUGCAAUGGCUAGAUCGAGUUCUGACUCAGAUGGGAUCGCCUCGCCUUCCGUGUAGCUCCAUGUCAUGAUAAUGGAACAACCAUUGAAGUGAUUAACACACCUUCCGGAUCAGCAGUAUCUUCCUCAUCGAAGAUGCUUCAUUGCCGAAUGAAUUAGGUCACUCAAUUGUUUUCUAUUGACAUUUAUCCAUACUAGCGUUUGGGAAACGCAGAUGAAAUAAUAGUUUCGCAAACCUGCUUGCGCCGAUUAAUUCUUAUUUUCAAUUACCCCUUUACCCCAAUUAUGCUCACUUGCAAUAUUGGUGAGUCGUUCUCCUUUUUGCUAUUUCUUUCACUCCCUUUUUCUUGCCGUUUGUUCCCUAUCCCUUACUUUUUCCUGAUACGCUCAUUAUCCAUUCAUUAUUCCACUCGGAUGUGCAAUAGUCGAUUCAGUCAGACGAAGCAACAUAGCCCGCUCCUUUGCUGCCGUACGAUUCCCAGCUUAAAGCAUUUAAUAUUUCCCAUAGCCCAAACUACCUCGCUAGCUGCGUUUCGCGUUGCUCGACGUAGUCCACUACCAAAAAAAAAAUAACCGAGAGCCACUCAGGUCGAUCAAUCAGUCGCCUUUCCGAUCACACACACCUACAAACCAUGUCAUAUUCCGUGACAACCGAUUGUACUCUACCCCACCUCAAUAUUACUCCGCGAGCGUUCACCAAAUGCUGUAUCUACUUUCGUCCACAUUUUCUUUUGCCCAUCGACCGACAGGCAGACAGCAAAUCAUGAUUCAUUGUUUUACUGUUCAAAGGUUUUCAUUCUGAGCUGUGCUGUUUUCAAUUGAGAGAAAAAUCUUUCUUUUCGUGUUAAUUCUUUAUCCUCGUCUCACUUCUUAGGUUCUCCCUUGUGUUACGAAUUUCGAGAGAAAUUGUAAACUGUUUAAUGCGAGAUCAAUUUAGAUAUUAACAGCAGUGCAUUCGACGCGUUCAUAUUAUAGAAUACCCAAUUUUUCUGUUGCUAGCGUUUUCUUUUCUAGGACUGUUACUCUCUAUCAAGGCAAAAAUACCUUUAAACUUAAAAAAGAUGCAAAAAUUCUGUUGUCUCAAAACUGAUGUGUAUACAUUAAUGGGAAUACCAAUAAAGGUAAACAAAAGUUA